AUGGAUGGAAUGUGCGGUUUCCGUUCGGCGGGAGAUUACUCGGAGAGGUCGGCGCUGAUGAUGUCGCCGUCUGAUUACCAGAACUUGAUCUGUUCAUCCGCCGGAGACAACCGCGUGUUUGGAUCCGACGAACUCUACUCAGCAGCCGCUUCCGCUUUAUCUUCGGAGGCGGUUUCGAUCUCGCCCCAUCGUAUUCGAAGAGCUGAUGAUAAUUUCUCGUUUGGCCUCAUCAAGUCGAAGAUUGCUUCUCAUCCUUUGUAUCCUCGCUUGCUCGAGACCUACAUAGACUGCCAAAAGGUGGGAGCGCCUCUGGAGAUAGCGAGUUUAUUGGAAGAAAUUCAGCGGGAGAACGAAGUGUACAAGCGAGAUGUUGCUCCAUUGUCUUGCUUUGGAGCUGAUCCUGAGCUUGACGAAUUCAUGGAAACAUAUUGCGAUAUAUUGGUUAAAUACAAAUCCGAUCUAGCGAGGCCGUUUGAUGAGGCAACAACUUUCUUGAACAAGAUUGAAAUGCAGCUCCAGAGCCUGUGCACUGGUCCCGCUACUUCUAGAGGCCUUUCAGGUCAGCACUAUGCCACUCUCUCUUUCUAA